UAUCAGUUGCUUUAUCGGUAACCAACAAUCAAACACAAAAAAUGAAACUCAUCGUGGUAGUGUUUUCCCUGGUGGCGAUCGCAAUGGCCGCUCCCCCGGAGCCCCCCAAAAUCCUACGCAGUGAAUUCGAUCAACAACCCGAGGGAGGAUACUCCUAUAACUUUGAAACCGAAGAUGGAAUAUCUCGCAACGAGAACGGUGAGUUGAAGGAAGCUCUUGAUGAGGAGAAUAAGCCCCAUAACGUGGUCGUAGUACGUGGUUCCUAUAGCUACACCAACCCAGAAGGAAAACCUGAGACUAUCAAUUAUUACGCUGACGAGACCGGCUUUCAUGCGGAGGGUGAUUCUAUUCCGAAACCUAUGAAUCGUGUAAUAUAUUGCGUGUUGCUCUUCUGUGCACUAUCGUCCGCGCGGUCACCGAUCACGCCCACACAGUCUCCGUAUGGCCCGGCAGCAGCAGGCGGAAUUAUUCCAUCUGUAACCUCCACUACCUACCCCUUACUACCUAGUACUAUCCCACCGGGAUAUAAGAACCCCUAUUAUCCUUACAAUCCAACUGUAGGACCUGCCAUACCGAUUUUAUCAUUUACGAAUGAUCACGGUGCUGCCGGGACGUAUUCUUACAGUUUUAGUACUGCUGAUGGCAAACAAGUCCAAGAGAGCGGGUAUUUAAAGGAUUCUUAUAUUGACAAUGCCGGGGAACCACAAGGAACACAGGUUGUUCAAGGAAGCUAUUCUUAUAUUGCCCCUGAUGGUACACCCAUACAAGUUAGCUAUAUUGCUGAUGAAAAUGGUUUUCGACCAUCUGGAGUUCACUUUCCAGCUGAUCGAAAGACAUUACCAACUCUUGCUCCCUUUGUAGACGGAAAGAUCGAUCCAGUGGCAGAUCGAUAUAACCCAUUCUAUAACAAUCAUUUCAAUCGGCCCUAUGACCAUCGGUAUCCUUAUGAUCCCAGAUAUCCCUCUUACAAUUCUAGGUACCCUUACGAUCCAAGGAAGUACAAUCCUUAUUACAAUAAUUACAAUCCAUUCAAUCCUUCCUUAAAUCCGGGCUUGAAUUCCGUUCUCUCCACACUGAGUCCAACUCUGAGCACCACUGAGCACCACACCAAUGCAGUUAAUAAAAUAACAAACAAAAAGGAAUCUACGACGUACCCGAUCUGUUUAUGUUUACCCCAUUUGUUUCAGUUUGUACUGGUUGUAACGUUUGGGAGCGCAUUGGCUGACGUAAGCGAUUUCCAGGCAUUCCCACCGCGUCCACGUCCCCAAGUGUCUCCGUACCCACGUCCUGGUCGAGAAGAACAGACUACCACGGAACCAAUACCUAUAAUUCGACAGGAGCAAAUCAUUAACCCGGAUGGCUCUUAUAAAUGGAGCUAUGAGACUGGUAAUGGAAUAUCAGCAGAAGAGCAAGGUUAUGUUAAGAAUCUGGGAGUGCCUGAUCAAGAGGCACAGACUGCGCAGGGACAGUAUUCAUACACCGCACCAGAUGGACAGUUAAUUCAGUUGCAGUACUUAGCUGACGAGAAUGGAUUUCAACCGCAAGGUGCACAUCUUCCUACUCCUCCCCCUAUUCCGGCAGAGAUUCAAAAGGCUUUAGAAUAUCUAGCUACUUUACCACCAAGUAACGAACAACCUCACGAUCAGCAUAGACAUAGAGACUUGCAGGUUUUCUAAACUUGACUUCCAAAAAUUUAAAUGGUAUUAGUUAACCUAAAAACCCGAGGCUCACAGAUCUUCAAAUAUGAAAUUAAUUAAAAAAUAUACAUUUAUAAGUUAUUUAAUAAGCUGUUGUGAUAAAAGAUAUGGUAAAUAAAAAAGUAUACUCAUAAUUUUAUAAAACUA